AUGGAAGAAUUUUUUAAGCUAUUGCUAAGUAAAAGAAGAACAAGACAGCUAUCCUCCGAUAGCUCUCUAGAUACCUCGCCAGAACCAAAGAAACUUAAAGAGUGUGAUAGUUCUAAUUCUUCCGAAGGCGAACGCGAAGAAGAAGGUGACGAUAUUAUUCUAUCUGCUCUGAACAUGGCUGAAGGCCUUCAAAAACCACUGCAAGAUAUUCUUAAGAAGCUUGAAAAGCUGGAUGCCAUCGAAGAAGCAGUGAAUAACCUCGGGAAGUCUUUCGGGAAGUUAGAAGGAAGAAUACAUACUCUCGAAGAUGCGUACGCUACCACCAAGCGUGAUGUUGAAGAUCUUAAGGAAAGUUUAAACGCAAACGAAACAGAUAAAAAGACGACAUCCGAGAGAAUACAAAAACUCGAAGACAGCACAAAAUCGAGCCUAGCGGCCCUACAGAAAGAGAAUGAUGAACUCCGUGCCAAUUUUAAACUGAUCGAGGAUAAGAACUUAUAUCUGGAAGCAUAUUCUAGGCGCGAAAACGUUAAGUUUGAAAACAUUCCAGAACAAGAAACGAACAAAGAGGACACGGAGAUGGCGCUGCGCACCUUUCUGGAAACGGAAUUGGGUUUUGGCGACGCUGCCAAUGUUGAAAUACAGCGAGUUCAUCGUCUAGGAAAAAAGAGAGGAGAAAGUUCCAGACCCAUACUUGCUAGAUUCUUACGAUAUAAGGAUUGUGAAAAGCCUCUUUCGCUGGGACAUCGUCUACGAGGAACAAACUACAAAAUGUACCAAGAUCUUCCGUUUGAGAUCGUCGAACGUAGGAGAGCGCAAAUGGAAACCUUCAAAAAGGCAAGACGCAACAACAUUCCCGCAGCUUUCAGCAAAGCCCAGCCUGAAAAACUGUUCAUAAGAGGGAAAUUGUGGCCUUUUGGAAUGCCAUUAGAACUGUGA